AUGUCUAACCCAAAUCCUACAGACAUUUCUUUUGCAACUUCUUCAGCACUAUUAGGAUCAGCAAGCUUCGAACGUUUGACUACUUUGGAAGAUGAUCCACCUUUUGGUGAUGAGAUCUUGCGUUUUGUACCAGUAGGUUCAGUAGAUUGUUUGGGUGAUGUAUUUGUGGUUUCUUUGGUGCCCCGAGCCAACUGCGCCUCUGCCAUUUCGUUGCUUUUUUUUCUUCUACAUUUUUUAUCAUUUUUCACCGCCAUUUCUUUUGUGAGUGUUUAUUUUUUGGCUAUGGAUGACAUUGAAAUUAUUCUAGAUGAAGUUCGGGAAAUGUACAAAAAGCAUGAUCAUAUAAGAUGCUUACAAUUUAUUGAAAAUUUAGACAAAAAUAUUGUGAUGUCAAAUUUUGAGUUGUUCGAGAAGAAGCUUAAUUGUCUAUGGAUUUUAUAUAGGGUAAAGGAUGUAGUUAUGGAAUCAGAAACUUACUUAGCUUCUAAUUGUCCCAUAACAAGUGAUUCCACAACAAGUGUAAUUACACAGCUUUCCAGUUGGGGCAAUAAAUUGUUGAGGAGGUUGGAAACAGUUGAAAAAACUGUUAAAAACAUGAUAGAUGAAGAGGAAUACAUGAAAUGCUGGAACUAUCUUGAAACACUUGAUUCUACAACUGUUUACAAUAGUAUAUUUUUACUAGAUUCAAAGUUGAAUUGCCUCAUCAAACUAAACAGAGAAAAGGAUGCAUUUCUUCAAGCAAAAUCCUAUGUGGAUGCUUAUCUUCCUUUAACACCUCUUUGCUGUAGUGUUCUCGGUGAGGGCUAUGAACAAGAAGAAAAUUAUGUUCAAGCCUAUCAUUUCGUCAAUCAAGCUGCCAUGAUUGAUAUAGAUAAAAAGAAAGCCACAUUGGGUAGAUAUGUAGAAGAGUUUGAGAAACGAGCGAAAAUGAUCAUGGAUGAAGAGAAUUACAAUAAAUGUUUAGAAUAUCUUGAAAAAGUUGAUUCGCAUGCUGUCAAGUCAAGCUUCUAUUUGUUUGAAACGAAGUUGAAAUGUCUGUGUGAAUUAGAUCGAAAGACUGAUGCAUUUGUGGAAGCUAAAUCUUAUCAUGCUAGUGGAUUAUGCUUAUCUAGUUAUAUUUGUCAAACUUUGGGCUAUGGCUUCCAGGGAGAAAACAAUUAUGACGCAGCCAUCCAAUUCCACACGGAAGCUAUGAAGCGCUGUACAACUAAAAAAGAAAAGGCGAUAUAUCAUACACUCCUGAGAAAUUUGAGAAAGUUGAACAAAGACAAAAUAGAUCAAGAGAUUAAGGAGUUGGAUGAGUGUGUAGCCCAAAUUACACAAGGUGACAAUGAGAAUAAAAAAACCAAAGCAAUCAAAAACAAAGAUGUAGGAAAGGAUGACCAAGAAAAAAUAAAGCAAACUGAUUCAAGCUUUAUCAAAAACAAGAAAAAGAAAAAAAAGAAGAAAACCGAAGCAACCAAAAACAAUGAUAUAGGGAGGGUUGACCAAGAGAAAAUCGAACACAUAAUGAAGAGUCAAUUGCCUGGUGAAUUUUACGAGGAGGAGAUUGAAGUCUUUUCUGAAAAACAUGAAAAGGAAACCAAGACUGGAAGAAAAGAGGAAGAAUCUGAAGCAUGUUCUAGUGACUUGACUCAAAGGUUUUCAAGCACUUGUCAGUUUAUAAUUGGUGCUCCCCCUCAAAGGGGCAUCUUCAAUGCUAUCAAAAAAGAUUGUUUUAGUACAUCAAAUGUCUCUUUCAUAAAAGCAAAUCAAAAACAGUUGGAAAAUCUUGACAUGUUAAAGACAUGGGGGUUUAAUCUUCCAUACAUGUUGAGGGUUGAGAGUGUUGAAGCUCCAAAUUUUAUGCAUCAAGAUGAUACACCAUUUCUUGUAGUAGAACAAGUUCAACCACUACGCAUGUUCUUUACCUCAAUGAGGACAGAAUUUUUUAAGAGCAAUCAAUCAUGCAAAGAUUGGUGGAGAUCAAUAAUGGAAAGGUUUCGUUUGAUAUUUAGAGAUAUAAUGUGUGGGAUUUAUUACCUCCAUUCUUCAAAUCGUGUGUGUUGUGAUUUUCACGAUUCCUUCUAUGUCACUAACGAAGGAAGAGGGAAAAUUCUUCACAACUUCUCUCAUGAUUUCUCACAUGUACAUGCAAAAAAUGAUCUUAAGGAACUGAUGGCAUUGAUGGAAUUUGUUAUCAACGAUACGCCUCACCCAGACAAUAGCAAAGAUUUUAAUAAUAAGCUUCGUGUUUUGGAGAAUUCUUAUGAGCUUCCAUUUGAAUUGAUCCACUUCUUUAUGAUGCUGCACAAAUUUCGAAAUGCGGCAGUACCUUCAACUUGGCUGAUUGAUCAUCCAUAUUUUUGGCAUGAUGAAUACAGAAUAACAUUUGUUAAAACCUUAAAAGAUUUGUUUAAAGAAAAUAAACUUCGGCUGUUGUUGGUUGAUAAAUUCAUCCCGGAUUUGUAUUUGGUGGAUUGUAUUCGUGCUUACAACAAUGAUUUACUCGAAGCAAUUUGUUCAUACAAAUCACGGGCAAAAAGUGGUAUUUAUAAGAUGGUUUUUUACAUGAAUGCCGUCUAUUCUCAUAUCAAUGACAAUGAUUACGACGAGUAUCGCAAGUCAGAGUUUACCCCUCUUGAAGUUGAAAUGCUACUUCGAGAGGCCUUUCCAAAAGUCUAUUGCUAUAUGUUCACUAGUAUUUGUAAUUUGUCACUCUGUAAGGAUACGAAUGCAUCGUUAGUUGAAGUUUAUAAGAGAUUGUCAAGUUUCUCUUUCGUGAAAAAUGAUAUAAAGCGCCUCGAGCUGUAAAAAUAGCAAGUUGUAUGCUUGCGGUACAGGACUAUUCUGAGCAAGUGUUAUCAUUCCCAAUAUGUUUCUCUGUUUCAAAGGGCUCCUUUGUAUUAACUGAGUUUUCAAAUCCCGGG